AUGGCAGUUAGCUGUACGAAAACAAAACUCAACCCAAAAGCUAAUGAGUGGAAACCAGAGAAAAACCUAGUGCUUUGUUACCCUCCUCAUGAGAUUUACCAUCCACCACCACCACAAGGUAAAAAUGAGCUAGUUGUGUAUAAUCCAGCAACCUCUCAGCCACAACCAUCUUCUCCUCACUUCUUCUUCUACCAACAACAUGUUCCUUCUCCUCUUAUCAAAGCUCCCUUUUAUUGGUUUUAUACAUGUCAUGUUGAUUUUCAGCCACCGGAAGAUUCUUGUUUGGCCAAAGAAAUGUUUACUGCUGUUGGCAUGAAAAAUGGGACUAGGGCUUCGUUUUUUAGGCCACGAGCUGAUCACAAAAGAGGCCAAAAACAACCCUUUUUGCCGCCAAGGCUGAGGGCUGCUGAAACUGAAAGAGGGCGUUUUGGGAUGAAAAAACGCCGUAAUAAUACUGACGGGGUUUACAAAUCUCCAGCUCCUAAGGAAAAUCCUUCUUUUUCCUGUGACAAAACCACCGUUAUGAUCCGUAACAUCCCUAACCAGUUUAGUAUAUACUUUUUUGUUAUGGAUUUAAAUAGCCGAGAGCCAUUCAUGCGUUUUAUUGAUCAUUUCUGCCGUGAGAAUCAUUGGGAGUAUGAUUUCCUCUAUCUGCCAAUAGAUUUCGGGACCGAGAACAAUUUGGGCUAUGCUUUUGUCAAUUUUACAACAAGGUUUGCUGCUUCUGGAAUUGGGGAAGUACUCAAGAACUUCAAGUGGGAUGGUAUUAAGACUCCCAUGGGAAUUUUUGCCUCGAAAAAAAUCUGUGAAGUUACUUGGGCUCGGAUUCAGGGGAAAGAAGAAUUGGUGAAGCAUUUCUCAACAUCGAAAUUUAUCUGCGACACAGAUGAAUAUCUUCCAGUUGUUUUCUCUCCCCCAAGGAAUGGUUCAACUAGCUUGACAAAUCCAGUGGCUAUCGGCAAACUAGCUGGUUCUUCAGUUUCUCCCAGUCCGUCUUCCUAAAGAUUAUUAGGGUUUUAGUAUGUAAGUAGUGAUGAAAUAUGGGUUGGCCAGUGUUUUCAUUUUCUCCCUGGUGCUCGAGUUUUUGAUCUGGGGUGAAAUGGAAACAUCGGAUCAUGUCUUAAUGUCUUAGAAUCUUAGGUUCUUUGUUAGUGUGUUGUAUGUUUUAAGAGUCUUGUUUCUUAGUUUAGUGACU